UUCGUUCCUUCCUUCCAAUUCCAUCUCUCUCUCUCUCUCUCUCUCUCUCUCUCUCUGCAACUAAUCCAUCCAAAGCUUUCUCUCUCUAAACCAUACUUCCAUUCCAUCACUUCAAUGGCCUCCAACCUCCUUCCUUUCAGACCCUCCGGGAUCUACGCCUCCACAUCCGAGCGCCGCAGGCCCGAUCCUAACCGCCGGAGCUCCUCCUCCUCCUCCGGCUGGUGGGCUCCGCUCUUCGGAUGGUCCUCCGAGCCCGACUACAUCGACUCUACCGGCGGUACGGCCCCUGCGAAGCUGGGUAAGGCCAGAUCGGCCUCGGAACCGGGCCAUAAUAAGACCUCCGGGACGACCCGGUUCGCUCCGGGGUGCUUCACUGACGAGAAGGCCAAGCAGCUCAGGAAGAUGACCUUGGAAACUGCAUCGUUCCACGACGCCAUGUACCACUCCGCCAUCGCGUCCCGCCUCGCCUCUGACUUCGCGUCGGCCCAGCCGGACCUAUGAACUUGGGCCAUGGGAAUUGAACUUAUAUGUCUAUAUACUUCGUUGUAUAUUGUAAGAUCAUGAUUUCGUAGCAUAUAUUUAUGGAUAUUUUAAUUUCUAGAUGAAAGUGAUGCCAUGGUUUGAUGUACGUAUUAAUUAAGAAAUGUAAGAUGUAAUUAUCGGUCUAUUAAUAAUGCUUUCCUCAUAGUGAUUA